AUGCGUGUUGGACUUGGCGCCACACAGGUACGUGAGGCACCUGUUGGGUGCGACAAGGAAGCAAUCGGAAGUGAAGAGACGAGGGAAAGCUUGGAUGCGGCGAGAAGAAACCGCAGCGCGCACAAGGAGCGAACACGGGGCCGUGCGCAGGGAUUUCGUCGGCAAAGGUUAUACGGUUCGCGCAGUGUGAGCAGUGGGGGAAAGACGAACAUACAGGGAAAGACUCCUGUAUUUGCCCACGCAUUAUCUUUACUGCUGCUCGUCAUGUCUGCCGGGAGACAGACGAGCUGGUACGAAGAGACGUACGGGUUCGGGCUGGAGCCGUACGAGGAGUCCCAGCCUGAGUCGUCGGCACGGCCAGCGACGACCUCAACGACGACGACGACGACAUCGCGCUCGUCGACGCCCUCAGAUGCCAGCACUAUCACUGACCUCAGACCAAUGCACACGGCCGUCGACCAGCCCGCAAAGAACUCGAAGCUGAAGCCGUCGAGGUCCAUCUUCACCCGCAGGCUCUCGAAGCGUGCGUCUGCCCAGGACCCGACCAAACCCUCUCGCCGCGCCUCUGCCCAGUCCGACGACAGCGACAACGAGCGCGAUGUCCUCAGCCCUCUCCCCAACAAUGAGUCCACCGACACCCUCGGUAUCCCCCCCGUCGCCCGCUCCAUCAUCCCCGACGUCCUCGCCACGCUCCCCUCAUGGUACAACACUCAGGGCGACGUCGCCUCGGUCAUUCAAUUUCGUGCUAGAUACCCCAUACACAACCCAGUUGGCCCUCGUUAUUACAAGAAUUGUCAUCUAUCUCCUCCAUCCAACCGUCCCUCCUCCGUCUUCUCCCCUUCCUUCCCACCCAUGGCUCCCGACCGCAUAGAGGACCAAGUCCGUCCCCGCAGUCGCACCCCCUCACGUUCCCCACUCUCCACCCCAAAUUCUUCCCAAGUCCGCAUCCAAGAGCCUGGAAAGCCUCGCACACGCAAGCUGUCCAAUACUCCUCACGAUAAUGUCGACAUGCUCGACGCGUCCGAUCCUUGGGGGACCAACUGGCACCACCAGUCUCCAUACGAUGCGCUCAACCCUAGUCCCGUCUCUGCAGAACCAUCAGAUAACCGCGUGCGGUCUCGAUCUCGCAUGUCCAGCAUGAAUGGUAACCUGCACAAGACCACCACGCCAUCCCCUUUGUCCCAAUCGACAUCUGCCAUUCACCUCCAAUAUUCAGAACCCGAUGGCGUAGAACUCGGCCGAAAACUGACAAAACGCCGCAAACCGAGCGUUCGCGGCGUGUUCAGCUCUCUUUCGGACAGCGCGCAGCCCGGCGUAAUUUCUGCGCCUACUACACCGCUUGACCCUACCUAUCAGGAUAAAACUGAGCCUAGGACCCUUCUGCGCAAGAUGUCGAGACGGACGUCCGGAAUGAAUCAGCACCUCGGUGUUCCCUCCCUCACGCCAGAAUCUACAACGUCGUUAGCGGUGCCCGAGAAGAAGGAAAAACGAACGAGCGUUCUCGGAAAAAUAGCGCGUCGGUUCAGCGUCUUGAGGAAAGGUCACGAUAACCAUAGAUCGUCUGGAUCCGGUGCCAAGGAAGUUGAUGAUGACUGGCAGAACGUGAAUCGGGCGUCGCUCGAGCCACCUAGACGCGCUUCACCCACGAAGCCCGUGAGGAACAGCGCAGACGCGAGCAAGCGCGUCCCACCUCCAUCCCUUGAGCCCGAAUAUUCUGAGCCACCCACCACCACCAGCGUCAGUCUCGACAGCACGCCCAAUAGUGAAUACGCCGAUCGAAACUCUUCGACUCCUUCAUUUGAGGUUCCGAUUUCGAAUGGGAAACUCACCAUCGCCAACCCAGACGUGCAAAGCCUUAGUGAUGCCUCUCCCAUAACACAACACAUGCCCUUCUCCGAGGCCUUUUCGCCAGCGUCACCGGAAGACAAGCCCGUUCCUCCCCUCCCUCCACCCUCUCCAUUCAAUCCCGACCCUUCACCAACUGUCCUCGUCCAAUCACCAAUGCAAAUAACGCACGAGACUCCUUGGGCCACACCCAUUCAUCCUUCUCCUCUAAUGUCCGCACCAGUAAUUUCCUCCACCACGACAUUUCCGACCAUCCCCUCCUACUCGUCUUCUUCCUCCUCAUCUCCGCCUUCUCAGCCUUUAGUUCCUCCACCAGCUAUCGCCGCCAUCGCUUCUUCGUCUUCUGCGUCGGCCGAUUCGCCACUCUCGAGAGCUUCGCUGAUGGUGAAUCCGCCCACGCCUUAUACCCCUCCUGUACAGAUACCUCCAUUAGCUAGCGUUCCCGUGUCCUCACCUGCACCUGCACCGGCGCCCGUACUACCAUCGAUCACUUCGCCCGUCUCCCCUCCAUCUUCUACACUACCAAUCUCAUCACCCUUCUCGAACCGCCAACGUUCACCUUCCGUCACUGCACCCGCUCCUGCACCCGCACCCGCACCCGUACCACCGGCAACCUCUCCAUCCUCCUCCCCGGUACCCGCCACAUCACCCUUCUCGAACCGUCAACGCUCACCUUCGACCACGACUCCUUCCACCACCACCCACACCCACGCCCAUACACAUGCGCAUGCCGAAUCAUCCUCUGCCUCUGUUGUCGUGACGAGGACUAGACCCGAGAUUAAACUCGAUAUUAAUCACACCAACCCCGCUCCCGCUUCGAAUGCUCAUACUACUCGUCGGACGAGCGAACCUACACCUGCUCCUUCCACUGCUCCUACCACCGCUGCCCCUACCACCGCCGCCACCCCCGCUCCCACCACCGCAACGACUGCCACUCCCGCUACUACUACGGCCGCGACAUCCGUCAGUAACGGCAAGACGGAGAGGACGGAGAGGACAGAGCACCAGCACCACCGCACGAAAUCGACGAGCCCUGUUCCUGUGAAGAAGCGCGAAACGGAGACGUUCAGACUUGUCAGAUCGCCGUCGCAGGGGAAUGAGCUGCAGGGUGGGCCUGAAGGCGUCAUUGUCAAUGGUGAUAUGAGUGAUGCGAACGGUAUUAGAGGAAGCGGUGAGAUUAAUGGUGCAAGUGGAAGUGGGAUGACUGGUGGCGGUGGGAUGGAGACGAUCGUGGCGCAUGGGGAGCAUUGGGAGGUUGUGGGGAGUCCGGAGCCGGUGAAGAGGAAGUUGGGGAGGGAGGAGUCGAAGCAUGGGAGGGGGAGUCAGAGGGAGAAGGAGAGGGGACGUGAGAAGGAGAAAGAACGGGAGAGAGAGAAGGAUAAGGAGCGAGAAAGGGAGAGGGAGAGGGACAAGGAGCGAGAGAGGGAGAGGGAGGCGAGGAGGGCAGAGAAGGAGAGGGAGAGGGAAAGAGAGAAGGAGAGGGAGCGGGCGGCGAGGGAGAAGGAGAGAGAGCGAGAGAAGGAGAGGGCACGUGCUGAGAAGGAGAAGGAACGUCAGAGGGAGAGAGAUCGUGCUGAUAGAGAGAGAGAGAAGGAAAAGGAGCGUGCUGAGCGGGAGAGGCAGAAGGAGAAGGAGAGAGCUGAGCGGGAAAGGGCGAAGGAGCGUGAGCGUUCGGAGAGGGAGAGGGAGAAAGCAAAGGCGAAAGAGAGGGCAGAGAGGGAUAGAUUGGAGAAGGAGAAGGUAGCACGAGAGAGAUCUGAGAGGGAACGGGCUGAGAAACACCAUAAGGCGGAUUCUAAGGAGAGGGUGGAUAAAGAGAAGACCGCCGAAGGUGCGAGCAAGUCGGCUCAUCAGGCACGCGCCCCCCACACAGCAGAAACGGACAUUCCGCUCAGCACCACCACCAUAACGUCCUCUCACGUAAAAAGGAGCAGUUCACCGAGCCGAAAACGCGCAAGUCACGAUGAGCGCCGGUCACUCAAUGGAGGUGAUAAAGCUGUCGCGGAGAUUAGUACCAGGACCCACAAGCAUUCGGGGGUGGCGAGCGGGAGUGGGAGUGGAAGUGGGCAGGCCCUAGAGCGACGUCCUUCGGCGUCUGCUUCAACCCAACGACCCACCUCUGACGGAACGACCGCGGCAGACUUGCAUGCGAUCAGGGCGAAGGAAGCUUGGGAGAUGGAUAGACUAUGGAAGGGGCGGAGUCUGGCUUAUGGUUCUGAGGGCACACAGGUCGUUUACGCUCAGACCAUACACGGAGACGGAUCCCUCGCAUCCAACGCCAGUAUCGAAGGAGAGAUGCACAGGAUCAGUACCGGACACGGUUCAGCCCACACUUCUUUCAAGCUACAAGCGCCUUUCCAACCCCCAGCUGCUCCUUCAUCGUCGUAUGACUCGAUGUCCAACGGGUCUCCUGUCAUCUACGCUUCGGAUCCUCAUGCAUAUCCUAAAGAAUCCCAUGGAUAUGGGUACAAUUCAUACCCCGACCUUGCCACCAUCCCCUCCGAAUCAGACUCUAUAGAUUCUUCUCCCCGUCGACCGCGUACGAAUCCGCUCCCGGAACCUCCGAGGAUGUCACCCUAUACACCUGCACCACUUCCUGCGUCUUUGAGCGAGCACGAUUCCCCGCAUUCGGCGGAGUAUUGGGCUAAGUAUGCGGGCGUGACGAGGGUGCCACCCACGCAGAGUUGAUCUAUUCGCCGUCGUCGUCGUCAUCCUUGUCCUCGAACAUGUUGAUGUUGAUACCAUGGACGUUAGUUUCUUCAUCUUCUGUGUUACACUACAUAUUUGCAGCUGCUAUGCAUUAUGACGAUUAAUUAUUUGGCUGCUUCUUAGUUAUCUACUUUUUACUUGCUCGCUUCAUUUCAUUUCAUGCACAUGCACUUCGGUCUCGAGAUGUUUUCUUCCGGCUUCGCAGUCUGCAUUAUCUACAUGGUUAUACAUAGAUCGAUCGUCCGUUCGUUUUCGUUUUUUUUUUCUGUCUCUCGCUAUUAUUGCUCUGAUUCUGACUCCGACUCCAGGCUCCUGCUUGUUCUCUCGUACGCUCGCUCGCUCUCUUUCUUGUCUCGUCUCAUCUCCGACUCUGGCUACCCCCACCUGCAAUUGCAUUGGCUUCUAGUCUACCACAUUGCACAUUGCUCCUUGCUCCGACCCGAUCCGUUCGUUCUCAUACAUUCAUAUCUCACCCAUCAUGAUGUCUGUCAAUGACCUCACCUUUCACGAGCUCUCGUACUUCUGCGUCAUCCUUCCAAUCCCCAUUCUACUGCAGUCUUUCUUCUUCUUCUACAGACCUAGGCUUGCUAUCAUCUUCGAGACGUCCUUUUUUGUCACUUAUCACCUAGUUUUACUUGCUACUUACACAACUCACGGACACUGUUCUUCGAAUAACUUUUUUCUUCUGUUUCUGUUUGUUUUAGGGUAGCGCUGGCUGGCUGGUUGUUUAGUAAGUUGUUGGUGUGUUGAUUUUGUUUGUGAUAAAGACUCCUCGGUGUACUUCUUGCGUUAUUU